AUGAAAAAUCAUCCACCGCAGCAAGAGGAAGAGACAAGUUUCAUUUCAACCACAACAACGGAAUCAUCACAGAAUAGCAGCACCACCACAACGGAGAACAAUCUUCAAACAUCUCAGUCCGAAAUCCAACAAUCACAAACAUCUUCCGAUUUUGAUGAAUAUGUGUGUCCCGAGUGUAAGAAAGGCUUUUCUCAAUACAACAAAUACACCAAUAUUCAACAAUUAAUUCGGAAUAAUAUGAUUGCAUGCGAUAUUUGCAAUCGGUGGUAUCAUUUAUUGUGCUGUUCUGAGCAAUUAUACAAUGCGGAGCAAACUGGAAAUUUAAAAGAACGAAUUGAAUUCAUUUUCAGAAAAUCUGUUAAAGCCAUUUCAUUGGAUGAAAAUCAUUUGAAAGAAAAGGAUCACACGGAUUUAAGCGAUGAAAAUCAUUUGAAAGAAAAGAGUCAUCAUGACGAUGAGAUGAAUGAAGAGAAGGCACAAAAAAUUGAUAAUUUUACCAAUCACUCCUCUUCUUCUGUUGUCAAUCCUAACACUCAUUCGAAUGAAAUAUUGAUACAGAGUGAGAAAGAAAACUCAAAUUUUGAUUUGGAAAUGGAAUUGAGGAAAAUUGAAACACAAAUUCAAUCCAUACCGUUUUUCAUUUGCACACGAUGUUUAGAGACGAGAAAUUUGUACAAAAUUGUGAAUAGUAUCAAGAACUCUUCUCAUGAAGAGGACAACUCUGUAAGAACAAUACCUUAUUUUCGUGACGAAAUACGAGAUCCCUUUCUUUUUUUCGACAAGUAUACCAUACAGGAGGAAGAAGAACAAGCUACAUCCUCUUCAUCCACAACAACAAGAAACUCUUCAUCGCCGACCGUGUAUUAUAUCAUUACCAAAGCCAAUAAUGAAGAUCAAAUUCGAAGAUUUUCAUAUUGUAAUUUUUUAGCCACACGAGAAGAUGCUCGAUUUAUUUCGUCGUCAAAAGUUACGUUCCAACAAAUGGUGGAAUGUUCAAAACGUAAUAUCGAACACUCUAUUGAAAAGAGUUUAGAACUAUCAAAUUUUGAUGAUGGUGGCAUUACGACACAGGAUGAAAAUAGUCAAAACGAUGGAUUUUCUUCGCCAUCUCCCUCUGACACAGGAACCACAGGAACACCUUCAAAAUUUUCUUCAAAUGAAUAUCAACACCACUUGUUAGAUAUUAUCAAAGAAAAAGCAUUAGAGAGCUGCAUUCGACCGGAAAAUGAAGCAUUUAUUUUGUUGCGAGUGCAAGUCAACAACAAGCAACUAAAUGCUCAAAAUGACAAGGAAGAAUCGAACCAAACCUCAGAUUUGCCAAAAAACAACACAUGUGAAUGUAUUGGAUACUUUACAUGUUAUUUUGAAUUUUUAUCCAAGACUAUGAAAAAGUACAUUCUGACUGAUGCACACUCGACUUUCAAGCAAUUAUUCAUCACUCCUAAACAUCGAAAGAAAGGUCACGCACAACGAAUGGUAACAUUUUUCUUGACCCUUAGUACAUUAUUGCUUGACACUUCUAAAAUUGAGGGCUAUCGUUAUUUUUCAUCUCAUACAAGUAUUGAAUAUCCAAAUUACUCCAUGUGCUCACUUCUCGAGCGAUUGAAUAUGAACAUUGUGAAAAAGAUUGAAUUAGGUUUUAAUUGGAACGAUUUAGAUCAAAUAAGGAAACGAAAGAGUCUUAAACGAAAAUCUAAAGAAAAGAAAGAUCAAACCCUCAUGGAGGAAGAUUCAGAAAAAUCAUCAGAAUCCUCCUCCACAUCUGAUGAUGAUAGUUCUAAUUUUCACAAACGUAAGCUUAAAGUCAUGAACUCAUCUGAAGAGAACCAAGACGAAACAAAUAUUAAGAAACGAAAAUUUCAAACCUCUUCUUCAUCGCGUUCUAUUGAGGAGAAAAAACAUAGUAGUAGUCUCAGGAGUGGAAUUUCUGACGUUGAGGCGACGACUUGUUCCUUAAUUUUAGAAGGAGAAGAGAAAAAUGCAAUGAAUGAAACUCCUCCCAUCAAUAAGAAAAAACAGGGCAUUCGAUAUCACAAACGAGAGAUCACACUCCUCGCUACGGAACAUUUGGAGAAAUUGACAGAGUAUCAAAAUAAUUCCAAAAAGUCCAUCAUUGCAUUUUUAUUUAAAACAAAAUUGCAAGCACGUCACAAGAGUUUAGAAGAUGGAGUCAAUAAUGAAAAGAAUUGUGAAGAAAGAGAAAUCAACACCACCCCAACAGAAAAAGCUUUUCGACUGGAGAUUUUUCUACCUUUAAAUUCAUUCAAUUUUGAUUUAAUUGAUGAGAAAGAAUUCAAAGUGGAAUUUAUGUGA